ACACCAAGUCACCAACAUCCUUGUGACAGAGUAGGCAAAAAGAGCAGCAAGCACCAUGAUGAUCUUCUUCCAGACCAAUCCCACCACCAUCUUUGUAUUUCUCAUUUCUCUCAUCCUCUCAUCCCACCACUUCUCCACAGCUCUCGACUCUGAAGUGGGGGGGGGAACAGAUGCUGAAACUCGAUUUAGUUACAUUGAAGGAAGUCCUACAGGGCCAGAGAAUUGGGGCCAACUCAAUUAUCCACUUUGGAUAGCUUGUGGUAAUGGAACAAUGCAGUCUCCUAUUGAUAUUCAGCAGGUGCAGGUUUCUCCAACUCUAGGAGAAUUAAAAAGGCAUUACAAACCAGCUCCUGCUGUAUUGGUGAACAAUGGAUACGACAUUGCAGUGGAGUGGACACAGGAUGCAGGAAAAAUUACCAUAAAUGGGACUGAUUACAAGCUGCAGGAGUGUCAUUGGCAUUCACCCUCUGAGCACACAUUCAAUGGAACAAGGUAUGACUUGGAGAUUCAUGUAGUUCAUAAUAGCUCCACUGGAAAGAUUGCUGUUGUUGGAAUUCUUUACAACUAUGGCCUCCCUGAUCCCUUCCUUGAGAGGCUGUACCCCAAGAUAACAUCAAUUGGGAGCGGAGAAGAGAGAAAUCUGGGGAUGGUUAACCCAGAAGAGAUUAUCUUUGACAGCAAAGAGUAUUACAGAUACAAUGGUUCUCUUACAACUCCUCCAUGCACUGAGAAUGUCACUUGGACAAUAUUCAAGAAGGUGAAGAUGGUUUCAAAGAUCCAAGUGAAUGCCUUAAGGGAAGCCGUUGACGAGGGAUUUGAAGAAAAUGCAAGGCCAACUCAACAAUCAGGUGGAAUAGCAGUUGAGUUUUAUACUCCAAGGGAGAAUGGAGGUUCUACUUAGGCUUCCAUAACUUGAAAAGGGAAUCAACAUUUACGAACAUAAUAAAUGCAUCAUCUCCUAUUAUAUAUAUUU